AUGCAAAGACCCUCAAUGUCUUCGCAGCGGAGCAAUGAAAGGAGCCCACUUCUCUCGGCUCAACCGUCUUCGUCCUCAUUUGCGCCCGACGAGUCGAUCCCGCCUCGUUCCUUGACGCCAUCAUACACACCAGCAGCCUCUUCUCCCAGACCGCGCAAGCUGUCAGUCACUACAAAAAGCUCUCUCGAUUACCAAGCCACGCCCGAGACAGCGCGGCUCCUCGAUCGGACGCUGAACAGCUCCCCCUCUCAAGAUCGCAUCGAGCCACACGCGUCCUCCUGUGAUAUUGAGCGUGGAAGCUCGUCGCAAGAUGCAGAUCGCACCAAUGAGCUCCCCUUUCCGUCUCAGACAGACCCUUCUAGACCGUUACGGCCAAAGAAUUAUCUCAUCAAGAAGAAUGCUUCGAAAGUGAGAAGUUUCGUCAAACGCAACGAGGGCAUCUGCCUGCUAGGAUUCGCACAACUCUUCUUCUCCACCAUGAAUUUUUUCUUCAAGCUGAUCAACCUCUUACCUCUUGAAGAAAGUGCACCUGUCACCGCGCUCGAAAUCAUCUUCAUCCGCAUGUCCAUCACCUGGGUCGGCUGUGUCGGCUUCAUGCUCGCCUCGGGAGUCGAAAACCCAUUCUUGGGCCCCAAGGAGGUACGCAAGCUCUUGGCACUCCGAGGGUUUGUCGGCUUGUUCGGCUUGUUCGGACUCUACUAUUCGCUCCAGUACUUGUCGCUAGCAGACGCAACCGUCAUCACCUUUCUGGGUCCAUUGGCGACUGGUCUUCUCGGUUUCAUCGUUCUCGGCGAGCCUUUCACAUUUCGUGAGGCAAUGGGCGGAAUUGUCAGCCUUUCGGGCGUGGUUCUCAUCGCUCGGCCCGCUUUCAUAUUUGGCAGGAAGGCUGCUGAUUCCGAUCUAGAUCAAAUACCCAGUCUCGACCUAGUCAACACCACAGCUGCCAGUGGUACAAAUGCUACGGUCCAAGCUAGCUCAGCUGUCGUCAAGCAUCUCUUGCACAACCUAAGUUCGAUUGACAUGCUGAGACGGAGCAGUGGUGCAAAUGGUACAUCCAUGGACGCAGCCGAUGGCGUCGUAACCAUCGAUGGCGUUACGGAGAAGCAACGUCUAUUCGCUGUCGGUCUGGCAUUGCUUGGUGUCUGUGGUGGUGCAGGAGCCUACAUCACCAUCCGUGCCAUCGGCCGUCGAGCAUCUGCGACCCACUCGGUCGCCUACUUUUCUCUCUACUCGACCAUUGUCAGCGCCUUGCUCAUGUGGUCCACAGGCACCCAGUUUGUGCUGCCAACACAACCAAAGUGGAUCCUGCUCCUCGUUUGUGUCGGCAUCUUCGGUCUCGCCGCUCAGAUCCUGCUGGCCAUGGGCCUUCAGCGAGAAAAGGCAGGUCGAGCCGUCUCUGUCACAUAUCUCCAGAUCGUCUACGCAACUCUGUACCAGCUCGUCUUCUUGCACAUUCCCAUCCAGCCGCUCAGCGCCAUCGGCAUGGUCGUCAUCCUCAUCUCCGCCGGCUGGGUCGCGGCUGGCAAAUCCUAG